AUGUUAUCCCGAGUGGCUCGUCAGAAAAACGCGCUCUUUCAUUUACGGAAAGCAAAUGCCUCUCGCACUUUGGGCGCAUCAUCACCAUUGCGUCUGCCGUCAAAAACUAGUCGCUUAACAUCGACCCUGAGCUCGCAAUGCCUUCCAUCGCAUAUUCGACCCCGAAGAUCAUCACUCCGGUCACAACGGAGUCUCGCCACGGCCACUGAUCAAUCUGUCCUCGACCGCGGAUCUUAUAUGUCUCUAGAUGAUUCCUCGUACCCUCCAAAUCUCGCAAACUCGAAUUCCUUCCACUUGAACGAUAACUUCGACACAUCCUCCCUCAUUGUUCUCAACGAGACACCGCAAACUCAACCCAAGAUCUUGCGGAAAAUUCGGGGAAUCGGUGGCGACGAAGAUGAGAUGCUGGCCAACUUCAAUAUGUCUCUCCGAGUGGGCCGAUUUGAUCGUGCAGCAGCACUGAUCAGCCGCCUCAAGACGUACUACGCCGUGGAUUCUGCGGAGUUUUUGUCUCUGCAUAAUCACUAUCUCAAGGCUAUGGUCGCACACAUGAUCUACACCCGACAGUCAGACAUGGUCCUGCCUUUGCAAAAAUGGUUCGAAGUUGAUAUGCCAGCUGGAGGUGUUAAACCUGAUGCAACCACGUUCGCGGUCAUGGUUCGCAUGUCGCUUCGUAUGCUUCACGGAUCCAAGCGGGAUCGGUCGGUUCGUCGGUACUGGGGCCUUGCCAAGAGCGCAGGCCUCCACGAAGAUCUCUUGGCUAGUGAGGUGCUGACCGAUCUUGACUUGGGCGAAUUAUCCAAGAUCUGCUAUUCAGACUUGUCUUACCCAAUUCCCUCCAACGAAAUUGACGAGUCCUUACCUGAGCAGCAGACUCAACAGCUUGAUAACGUUCCGGAGGUUCUUGCUGCAGAUCAGAAGGGUCUCGGUCUCAGCUCCCUGAAAGAAUCUUUGGCCCUCUUCUCGGAUGAUGUUAGUAUCACGUUGCCGGAAGACUUCAAGGGUACCGAAGCGGAGAAGCGCGAGCUCUAUGCCCAGUUGCGCCAGCAAAGACUGGAGUCUGACACUAUGAAGACCGCUUCAAAGCGCUGGCGUGCGGAAUUUGAGGACCGGGUGAAAGCAGGUGUCGACGUGGCUUCUGGCAAGUCAAGACUGAAGGCGGUCAUGAGUCAGUGGCAUUCUGAUUUGUCAAAUGCGAUCAAAACCGAGAUCAAGCUUGCCCAGGAGGCUGAGACACAACCUAUGCGCACGGAGGAGCAGAAGGCUCGCUGCGAGUACGGCGUCUACUUAGAGUCCCUGGAUUCGGAUCGCUUGGCUGCAGUGACGGUGCUUUCAGUAAUGGAUGUCUUCACUCGAAAUGGAAUGCAAAAGGGUACAAAGGUCUCCACUGUUGCUGCUUCGAUCGGAAAAGGCGUCCAAGACGAGUUGAUCGCGGAAGCAUACUUGGAAAAAAACUCAUCGCCUGAUUCUAGGCGCACCAAAAUGGUGAAGGAGAUGCUUGCUGACCGCAGGAGCAAGGAUGGUCGUUUGCAAUGGAAGGCAAUCUCCGAGAACUUGCAGAAAGAGCAUGAGGAAUUCGCCUGGACUCCACGAGUCACUGUACGAAUUGGAGCUGUGCUCAUGGGUCUCCUCUUCGACGUCGCUAAAGCUCCCGUGAAGACCACAGACCCCGCCACUGGCAAAGUCACCACAGCCAUGCACCCGGCCUUCCUGCACGCGUAUGAAAUGAACUUCGGCAAGCGCUUGGGUUUGUUCCACAUGAAUCCGGAAAUUAUCGACAUCAUCAGCAGAGAACCCCCGGCAGAUUUAUUGGGUCGCCAUCUCCCCAUGAUUUGCAAACCGCAGCCGUGGACUGGAUCAAAGAAAGGCGGAUAUCGCCUUUAUCAGAGCAACAUCGUUCGAUCUACUCCCGGUGAGACUUUGCAGCCAGCCUAUGUCAAGGCUGCUUUGGAAAAUGACGGUCUGAAGGAUAUCCGCAAAGGACUUGAUGUCUUGGGAAACACUGGCUGGGUCAUCAACCCAGACGUCUUUAAUGUCAUGCUUGAGGCUUGGAAUUCUGGAGAAAGCAUCGCCAGUCUGGCGCCACUGGAUCCAGAUUUGCCCAUCCCUCCUAAGCCAGAACCAGACGCGGGCUUUGCAGCUGAGCGCGAUUGGCAGCUUCAAAUGCGUGAUAUUGAGAAUCUUAGGUCUGGCUAUCACUCAAUGCGAUGCUUCCAGAAUUUCCAGUUGGAGGUAGCACGUGCUUUCCGAAAUGAGACGUUCUAUCUUCCCCACAACAUUGACUUCCGCGGCCGAGCCUAUCCUCUUCCGCCAUACUUGAAUCAAAUGGGCGCUGACAAUGCUCGUGGGCUGCUCCUUUUCAGUGAGGCAAAGCCUCUUGGGGAGGGCGGACUCCGCUGGCUGAAAAUUCAAAUUGCCAAUCUUGCAGGCUUUGACAAGGCUAGUAUGUCAGAGCGUGAGCAAUACGCAAUGGAUCAUCUCGAUGAUAUUCUCGACUCUGCGAACAAGGGCCUCCACGGAAAGCGCUGGUGGCUGAAGGCCGAAGAUCCCUGGCAGUGUCUGGCGGCCUGUUGUGAGCUUCGGAAUGCUUUGGCUCUGCCUGACCCGACACAGUACGCCUCUCGCUUGCCAAUUCACCAAGAUGGAUCUUGUAACGGUCUUCAGCAUUACGCAGCUCUUGGAGGAGAUCUUGUUGGCGCUCAACAAGUCAAUUUGGAGCCCUCUGAUCGACCUUCCGAUGUUUACACCGGUGUCUCGGAGUUUGUCAAGAAGUCGGUGGCGAAGGACGCUGCAGAGGGUAAUCAGGUUGCCAAGCUGUUGGAUGGACGUAUCACCCGAAAGGUUGUGAAGCAGACAGUCAUGACCAACGUUUACGGUGUUACUUUUAUGGGAGCAAUGCGUCAGGUCCGCCGUCAACUUAAUGAUCAUUUUCCGGAUCUGUCUAGUGAGAUGAAAAAGGACGGUGCGCUGUAUAUUGCGCGGAAGAUUUUUGAGGCUCUCGGCUCUAUGUUCAAUGGUGCUCACGAGAUCCAGUAUUGGCUAGGUGACUGUGCCACGCGCAUUACUCAGUCUUUGACUCCUGAGCAGAUUGAGGCUAUGUCGAACGAAGCCUUGUCUCCCUCUCAGUCGAACGAUAAAGGCGCCAAGGCUAAAAUCGAUCCAUCAAAGAAGUUCCAGUCUACCGUUAUCUGGACCACUCCGCUUGGCUUGCCCGUGGUGCAGCCAUACCGCACACGAAAAGCCCGACGCGUGGUGACCUCCCUCCAAACCGUUAGCAUUGUGGACCCCAGCGCUGAAGACGUUGUUUCUCGCCGAAAGCAGCUUCAGGCCUUCCCCCCGAAUUUCAUCCACUCUCUCGAUGCCACCCACAUGAUCAUGUCGGCGAACGCCUGUCACGAUGCCGGUCUGACCUUCUCCGCUGUUCACGACUCAUUCUGGACCCAUGCUGGCGACGUGGACUCCAUGAACUCUAUUCUUCGCGAUGCGUUCGUGCACAUGCACUCUGACGACAUUGUCGGACGGCUCGCUUCUGAGUUCAACGUGCGCUAUGGUAAGAACAUCUUCCUCGCGAAGAUCGACGCCAACAGCGAAAUUGGUCGCGCGCUGCGAAAGAGUCGGAAGGCAAAUGUUCGCAACGCCAAGCUCGUUGAGUUGAUUGAUGAGCACCGCCGACAGACUCUACUCAGAUCAGACGAUCCUGCGGACCAGGCUGAGGGUCGUGCCAUGGAAACCCCCGCGGCCAUUUUCGAGAAGAUGGGUGGCACAGAUGAUCUGUUGGCUAUGGCAAGUACCCUCGGCGAAACAACUGUCGGCCAUGUUCCAGAAGACUUGGCUGCGGCUGAGAGGGGACCUUCCUCGAAUGUUGAUACCAGUGACCCGGCUAUUCAGAGUCUGUUCACUGAGAUUGAGAUGAUGGAUUCUCAGUCUUCUGCCGCUGACGCUGACGCUGAAGAUGUCUCGGCGGCAGAUGAAGCUGCGGUUGAUGCAAAGAAACCAUCUAAGCAGAGAAAGAGGCAGAAGCCGCAGACUUGGCUCUGGCUUCCACUGCGAUUCCGACCGGUCCCUACGAAGGGUUCUUGGGAUUUAAGCCGGAUCCGUGACUCUCAGUAUUUCUUCUCUUGA